GUGCACUGCCUCUCUGGUCACCAAGCGCGGUGUGCAAGUCACGUGAUCAGUCUUGAUAACGACAGCCGGUUCGUAUUUUCUUCACACUACAUCAAGAUCACAUGUCAAGAAGUGUCCUUGCAACAGGCGUCACUGACUGUGACCAUAUUUUACACUUGUAGGUAGAGCAAAACUACACUGGAGGAUAGAGACCUCCAUCAUGGCGGACAGAGCCGGUGAAACAUCGCUCGUACCAAUGGGCGAUGAACUGUUUCGUUUUUUCCAAGCUCAUCCCCGACUAAGUCAUGCAAUCCUAACACGAAAGGGCAGAAUCACUGCCCGGGAGGUAAUUACCAGCUUCGGAGACAACGGGUACCUGUCAGACACCUUCUGUGUGGGCCAGGUGGUCCAGCGGGCCAAGGUGCUGGUCAGGGAGACGUUGGUGUGUAGCGGGCGAGGAAACUGCCAACGACUGUGUGGAGGCUUCGGCCAGUGCAUGAAGGACUGCCAGGAGAGACGGAAAAGAGGAAGCAUGGGGCAUCGCUGCAGGUUAAAGGUCAAGCUGACGAUGUCCACUGAUCACUUUGGCACGUGGAAAGUUGUCAUCUCGGGCCGACAUGUACCCCCUGGACGUGUGUGGCGACCACCAACAAAGUCUGCUUUGACAGAUCAUGAGAAACGCCAGGAACUGGAGGAGGCGUGGAUAGCAGGAUGUCAUGGUGUCCGUGAGAUCGCCCUGGCGGUGGGGGAUGACUCGCUCACAAAGGCCGAGAUACAGAAUUUUAUUCGUACCAAACGGCGACAGCUUCGGACAGUCGCAUGGCAACCACACCAUGCUCCGCGGACUACUAACAGGCCACGUCACCAUCCAUGGCAGCUGUCACAUCCUCCGGCGCUUCUACGACCUGCCCCAGAGGUUUCACUUGCCCCGCAAGUUCCUUUUGUCUCAGAGGUGCCACGUGCCCAGCAUCCUCCUCCUGCCCCAGAGCCAGUACCGAACUCUGUCGAUGACUCAGACUCGGAGAGCUAAGUGCUGUGUAUGAGCCUAGUGAAGAGCUGAGCGACACCGAGCAGAGCGCUGGCGUCCCAACCCGGAGGCUUGCCGGUUCGAGACCCGUGUGGUGCAGCACCUCCACACACCCAUCCACCCAGUUGUCGGUUAAAUGAGUCCAUAGAGAGCUGGGGGAUGGAGACGGUUAAGCAAGAGGAGACAAAGAAUGGUCACUGACAUGACAAAUCUGAUCGGAUCCGCAAAUAAAAUAGCGAAAAGCAUGUAGUCUGAAAAACAGAAAAAAAAGAGAAGAAUGAAAUGUUCAGUAAAGUGGGGAACAAUUAAUCCUGGAGUGUAGACAAGAUGACCAAGACGAAGAAAUUAGGAAGAAUCGUUUCUGUUGUGAUUUUCUGGGACUGUAAGCUUACACUGCAGAACCUUCGAGACGGAUGGGCAGACUUCGUCAGCCAAACACCCUGAUUUGAGGGCGGGUGGGCGCGAGUCGCGGCGACACCAGGAAUCGCUCAAGUGGAGGUAAACAAAAAGUCUCUAUGUACUUGCUGUGGCAGAUGAAUGGGUGCGGUAAUUAGAUUUCGAACGCCUCGACGUGUUCUUGUGCGUCUCGCAGCAGACAAUGCGGGGUGUAAGACAGUGGAGGAGGAGUACAGAACUACAACCACCCCACAUCAGCGACUGAAUACGACAACGGCACACAAUGGCUGCCUGUCCAGGGACGUGUUCUAAGCCAGCAACAGUAUUUCCGUGCGGGCUUCACGCAUGACACUAGAGUUCGAACCCCAGAAAAUUAUUUUUACUUAUUAUAUUUAGUAUGCUCGGGCAACUUUGUCCAUUAUGGUAUGACUGCGGUGUCUGGCCUAAAUAAUCUCCUGACAUGACAUGAUGGUAGCUGUAUGAAUGACAGGAGGAUUGAAUUCAACUGUUCAGUCGGUGUUUGUAUCGACCAAAAAUAAACUGGA